GCCGCUGGUUGCCCAUUUCAUCCACACCAAGAAAAUAUCACCACUUGCACGCUCGGCCUUGUCCGACAGACCAGAGCAGGUCGAACGACAGCUGCAUACAGGCCUACAGUCUGCCCAUUUUAUACUACUGCAGUUACAUCGACAGUUGCUGUGCUGUUGGUGAAGAUUAUCAGACAACUAAAGCUUGGCCUUGGUGGUGAGGCGAGAAAUAGUCAAGAUGCGCAAUCUUCGCAACAUUCGAUUUGGACAAUGCCAGCGCGAUAAUGUCACAGCUGCGUGUUGGGAUCCUGAGAAGGAUCAGGUUCUUGUCGUAGCCCAACCUUUUGAGGACAGCUGUGAGAUUGAGUUGUUGAGAAUCUCUGGAGAUCGAGACAUCUCAGUCAGUACUGCAGCCAGCUGGGAGGCUCCAAACCCAUCACCAGAUCUCGUUGUCGACAAGGUCGUCAGUUUACAGUAUCUCAGUGGUUCAGCAACUACAUGUCUGGUCUUCGAAGGAGGUGACAUUGUUACAGUCCGAGAAGACGACUUCUCAGACGAAGGUGCUCAUAUUGAGAUUGUUGGCUCCAUCGAUGUUGGUAUUGCUGCUGCGCGAUGGUCCCCUGAUGAGGAACUCCUCAUUGUUGUCACAAAGGAGAACAAUGUCAUCUUCAUGGGUUCAACCUUUGACCCAGUUGCUGAGAUCCCCAUGACAGUCGAGGACCUCAACGCAUCGAAGCACGUAUCCGUCGGAUGGGGAAAGAAGGAGACUCAGUUCCAAGGUCGAGGUGCAAAGGCCAUGCGUGAUCCUACUAUCCCAGAAAAGGUCGAUGAGGGUUUACCCAGUCCUCACGAGGAUGGUGCCACCACCAUUAGCUGGAGAGGCGAUGGCGCUUAUGUGGCCAUCAACUCGGUUCAAGAAGGCUCACGCCGUGUAAUUCGAGUUUAUUCACGAGAAGGUGAGCUGGACAGUGCAAGUGAGCCAGUUGAUGGCCUCGAGAGUUCUCUGAGCUGGCGACCAGCCGGAAACUUAAUGGCUGGUAUUCAGCGAAAGUCAAACCAGAUCGAUGUGGUCUUUUUCGAGAGGAACGGUCUACGGCACGGCGAAUUCACACUUCGUUCUCCUUCUGGGCCAGUUGAGGCUCAUGAGAGAAUACGUCUUGAGUGGAACUCAGACUCGACUGUCCUAGCGGUGAUUUUCAAGGAUAUGGUUCAGCUAUGGACUAUGGGCAACUACCACUGGUACCUCAAACAAGAGAUCCCUAUCGAGGCUAGCUCGACAUGUUUGUCAUGGCAUCCCGAGAAGGCUUUGCGCUUUGCUGCUACUUCAACAAAUACUGUCAUUGUGACAGAGCACAUCUUCCAUACAGCAAGGGGAUCGUGCCACCCGCCGCACGACAAUGGUGCCGUUGCGGUAAUUGACGGCGAAACAGUCAAGUUGACUCCUUUCAGAACAGCCAAUGUACCGCCCCCUAUGUCAAUGUUCGAUAUUACGGUUCCUGCAGCGGCAGUCGACGUUGCAUUCGGCCGUGACAACACGUCCUUUGCGGUUCUUCACCGAAAGGGUAUCGAAGUUUAUGAGUGGCCCGUCAAAAACGGUAGAUCCAUCAAGCCGAAGCUCUCCAAGAAGGCGUUAUUUGACGAGAUGGCAAGCCCUGGGUACAAUGUUCUUCUGAGAAUUGCCGCUGUAGCCGAUGCUUUUCAUUACUUCGGUUACGAAGAGGAGAAGGGUUUUAUUCAGCGAUUCGUACAGGCUGCGGGUGAGGGUGAAGUAUCUGUCGCAGACGUCAACUCUCGGGAGGUUCUUGUCACCACAACCAGUUACCAAGACGAUACCUCAUUCACUGGGUAUGGCCAGGACAACUCGGGAAAGCUAUUCCAGAUCAGCGAGUCUGGAGAUGAGAUGCUGCCUGUGCAGUUCCAAACACAGCUGCCUUGGUUUGAGAUUAGCAAGGUUGACGAUGAGAUCGUUGCCUUUGGCCUCUCCAGGAACGGUCAUAUUUAUGCCAAUUCUCGUCUCCUGGCAAAGAACUGUACCUCAUUUAUCGUCACACCCAGCCAUCUCAUUUUCACUACCAAUAACCACUUGGUCAAGUUUGUUCACUUGUCCGCCAACGUCGAUGAUCUUGAAGUUCCUGCAGAUGACCCCGAGACCGACGAGCGUUGCCGCAGUGUGGAGCGUGGAUCGCGACUUGUCACAGCUAUUCCCGCCAACAUGAGCAUUGUUUUGCAGAUGCCCCGUGGAAACCUGGAGACCGUCUUCCCUCGAGCCAUGGUCGUGGCAGGUAUCCGUAACCUGAUUGAUGAGAAGAACUACGCUCGAGCAUUCUCAUACUGUCGUACUCAGCGUGUAGAUAUGAACAUUCUCUACGACCAUCAGCCCGAGCAAUUCUUGGCCAAUAUUGGCCUUUUCCUCGACCAGAUCCCUGACGUCGCUCAUAUCGAUCUCUUCCUUUCUUCUCUCCGUGCUGAGGAUGUUACUCAGACCAUGUAUCAAGAUACGAAGCGAUCUACCGGCUUUGGAGCUGAUACGAUUCCCUCUGACUUGUCGCCCGCACCACGGGGUUCUGCUGCAAAGGUCAACACGGUCUGCGAUGCUCUUCUCGACGCCCUCCAGAGCCGCAAGGCUACCAACCUUCAAAAUACCAUUACCGCACACGUUUGCAAGUCUCCGCCUGCACUCGACGACGGCCUUCUUCUAGUUGCUGAGCUGAUGCGUGAGGAUGAGAAGAUUGCUGAAAAGGCAAUCGAGCAUAUCUGCUUCUUGGUCGACGUCAACCGACUAUAUGAGAAUGCCCUUGGGCUCUAUAACCUUGAUCUGGCCCUCCUUGUCGCUCAACAAUCCCAGCGCGAUCCGCGCGAAUACCUCCCCUUCAUUCAAAACCUGCACUCUCUCCCCGAGCUUAGACGUCACUUCGAGAUUGAUGAUCAUCUUGAGCGUCGUAUCAAAGCCCUUGGCCAUCUCCAAACAAUGGAUGUAUUUGAUGAACUCCUUGCUUAUACCACCAAACACUCCCUAUACCACGACGCUCUCCGUCUAUACCGCUACGACCCUCCUCGCCUUCGAGAACUCACAGCCGCUUACGCCGCCUAUCUUGAGUCCACAUCAGCCUACCGAGAAGCAGGCCUCGCAUAUGAGUCACUCGAGAACUGGGCAAAGGCAACCAGCUGCUACCGAACCGCCGGCGCUACAUGUUGGCAAGAGUGUCUCUACACUGCAGCUCAGCAGCAACCUCCCAUGUCUCCUGAGGCCAUGUCCGACCUUGCCAACAACCUUGCAGAUGCUCUCUGGGAAGCAAAGGACUACUCUGCCGCUGCUACCAUCCACCUCGAAUACCUUGAGUCUAUCGACAUGGCUGUUCGUUGCCUGUGCAAGGGCUACCACUUUGCAGACGCUAUCCGUCUCGUUGUUCAACGCAACCGCCCUGACCUCCUCACUGCCAGUGUCGACACUGGUCUCGCCGAUGCGCUAGGCACAACGACCGAAUUCCUCGCUGACUGCAAGGCCCAGCUCAAGGCUCAGGUUCCUCGUGUUGCCGAGCUUCGCCGUAAGGCUAUUGAAGACCCUCUGGCUUUCUACGAAGGAGAUCGCGCUGGUGGUAUGGACAUCCCUGAUGAUGUCUCUGUCGCCGCCUCUUCCCGUGUCAGCACCAGUGCAUCACUCUUUACACGAUAUACAGGCAAGGCUGGAAGUGUGGGAACCGCUGGAACAGGAGUCAGUCGCGCCACAAGCAAGAACCGUAAGCGCGAGGAGAAGAAGCGUGCUCGUGGACGUAAGGGAACAGUCUACGAGGAAGAAUAUCUCGUCAACAGUAUUCGUCGUCUUAUUGACCGUGUCAGUGCUGCUGCUCCAGAUGCCGAGCGCCUUAUCUUCGCGCUUGUGCGGAGGAACAUGCCCGAGCGUGCGCGUGCUGCCGAAGCUCUCAUGGCUGAGGUAUCUGAGGCUUGCACUGCUGCGGUAGCUGAGGUGUUCAAGGUGCCCGGGGCAGAGGCCGAGCAAAAGAAUGAUGCUGAGCCAACCUGGCAGGCUACAGGAGGUGAAGCUGUGCUGCAGGACUUUGUGAUGGGACAGGGCAAGAAGUUGGAGCCUCCGAUUGUUAAGGGGGUUAAGAAACUUACGCUUUUAGGAUCAUGAUGAUAGAUUUAUGUCAAAAGUUAUGUUUAGACGAUCAAAUACAAUCAACCAGUAAAAUAGGAAUAUGCUCAUAUCGUAAUAUUGUGCCUCGAUUUAGUUAAGGGCAUUAAUUCU